AUGUUGCUGAGGCCCACCCCGGCAACGACAUCGCCCAAGAAGGGCGGCGCGGCCGCGGGAGUGGGGCGGCUUUUGCUGAUGGCGGCGCUGGAUGUGCCCAAGCGUCAGGGCUCCGCUUCCCCCACGUCCCCCGCAUCGCCGUCCCCCCGGGCCGCGUCCAGUUCGCCAAUGCGCGCACGAAGCGAGGGCCUUGAAGAUGGAGAGGAGGACAGCCAGGCGGAGCCCGAGGCUGAAAGUAAACACGCCUUCGGCUGGUACCUGAUUCGUUCGGCGCUGAACGGCCUCCGAAGUCCUACCAAGGAGAGCGUAGAGGACGGCUCACCCUGCAGCCCCAUGGGUCGACGCUACUCCUUGGAUCUCAUGGAAUCCAUGGAGGAGGGUCAUGCGCAUGAGCUCCCCACAGACUUUGUGGUGCCGUUGCGCCGAUCUAGCAAGUUGUGGCGCUUUAGAGUGCUGCGUUCGGAGGAUAACUUGUCCUGCCAUUUGCUGACGGAUGCAGGUGACUUCCUGAUGUACGCAGCCAUACGCUUGGAGGCGCACCGGGCAGAUUUUCACCUCUAUGACCCCAACUGUCACAAAGAUCUAUUCAAUCAGGAAAGGCCAGCUUUCACCAUGAGCUACAACGGGUCAAAGGACACCUGGAGACUGGUGCAAGAGCGGUGCUCCGCCUGUCAGUACUUGUCUCCGUCGCGGUCUUGUGCUGCACAUGGCAAGCAGCAGAUGGCUGUCAUCAAACACAAGCAGCACGUCGUGGGGGAAGGCAUCUCCAAUAUCAUGGAGGUGAUCAUCCCUGGCCUCUACCAAGAUGACACCUGCGUGGUUUGGUGUCCCAUGCUAGGGAUGGGUGAUUUGGCCGAUGCAGAAGCUGGCAACGGCGAGAGCCAAACGCUCAUUACGCGGAAGCCAGUCUGGAACGAGCAGGUCCAAUCCUUGGUCUUGGAUUUCAAAGGCAGAAAUAUUGUGUCAUCAGCCAAGAAUUUUCAGCUCGCAUUGCGGCAAAAGCCGCAGCAUGUGAUUUGCCAGUAUGGAAAACUCAGCCCGACAAACUUCGGGCUCGACUUCAGAUAUCCAUUGAGUGUCAUCCAAGCCUUUGGCGCUGCAGUGUCCACCAUUUUUUGGACCUGAUGCAAGGAACUAUAGUUUAGACUCUAGCAACGAUGUAUCUUAAAA